UUUUAAUUUAAAUUUUUUAUUAUUUUUAUUUUUUUAGCUGCAUGAAAUUCCAUAUUCCAAUUUAUACUACUAGUAGUCAAUGGAAUUUACUAUGUUAUUUAUUUUUGAGCAGAUUAAUUUCUAAACUGCACACUAAAUACUAUUGUUUUCUUUCCAGAACACUUUUGCUUUUGUUCAUACAAAAUAUUUUUGUUGGAGGAUAUGGGACGUACCAACUUAGCCCGACUAUUCUGCCGUUCAAGAGCUAGACAAACAUUUGUACAGUUAUGAUCGCUCUCUUAGUCGGAGAUUACUCUAUGUCAUGUAUCUAAAAAUUAUAAAAAUAUACCUAUUAAUUUACAAGCUUUUAGUGUACAUAAUUUUACUCUUCCUACCCUUUGGCGAAAACCCUGCAAGUACAAAUAUUACUACACUAAGGUACUACUAACCAAGGCCAUGCCGUUGAAUCUGUUUGUGACACAAGUUAGCCUGGUUUUAGCAAUCCUGUUACCACAGGUUUGCUUUGCUACGUUGUCUCAGAGUGAUCGAAGCAAAAAGAAGCAGAAGAACGUCAAGGUCAAGACCUCCGUGAAGAACGUGUUUGACCGUGGACUUGUCUCUGAAAAUGUGAAGUUGAAAGACAUUGUGAGCGAACACUUCUCCUACAGUGAACUGGAGGUGGAGGUUAAAAACUUCCCCUCUCCCACAUUGGCAUUUGUCACACCAUGGAAUAAUCAUGGUUAUGAUAUUGCAAAGAUAUUUGGGAAGAAGUUUAACUUUGUGUCUCCAGUGUGGCUACAGGUAAAGAAGAAACCUGGUGGAGCUUUUGUCAUCCAAGGUGGCCAUGAUGUUGAUAAAGGCUGGUUGAGUGAUGUGACUAAAGGAAGACAGGUAAAAGUGGUUCCACGUAUUCUCUUUGACGGGUGGUCCAGUCAAGAUUAUAAAGAAGUGUUCAGCAGUGAGGACUCUAUAGAGGACUGUAUUUAUGCAAUCCUCUCAUUUGUCAAGGCUAAAAAGUUUUCUGGAAUUGUUGUAGAAAUCUGGUCCCAGCUUGGAGGACACAUGAAAGAUGAAUUGGUACAUUUCUUAACACACAUGGCAAACUCUUUCCGCAAAGAAAAGAAAACCUUUAUUUUAGUGAUUCCUCCACCAGUUUAUAGCGGAAACGCUGUUGGCAUGUUUACCAAGAAAGAGUUUGACUUGUUGGCUCCAGUUGUCGACGCAUUUAGUUUGAUGACGUACGACUAUUCAAACCAGGACAGACAAGGUCCUAACAGUCCUAUUAUGUGGAUGAGAAACUGCGUGGAGAUUCUCGCACCGAAGCCGACAUACCGAUCAAAGAUAUUACUAGGACUCAACUUCUACGGGAUGAAGUAUGGACCUGGAGCAGGUGGCCCUAUCCUGGGUCACGAAUUUGUCAGUAUUGUGAAGUCGAACAAACCCAAGAUACGAUGGGAUGCCGAAGCAGCAGAACAUAUAGCAGAAUUUAAAAAUCACCAAAUUUACUUUCCAUCACUACAAUCGAUUCAUCUUCGACUGAAAUUAGCUCAGGAGCUUGGUACGGGCAUUUCUAUCUGGGAAGUUGGCCAGGGUCUGGACUAUUUCUACGAUUUACUUUGAUAGGUUCUCUUGCUGUACUUCAUUCAACAUUUUCCAUAUAUUCUGUUCUUUGUGAAAGGAAUGCAAGGUUUUAUGUCUGGGAGUUGCUGUUACAAUUGAAAUAUCUGUGACUGAGGUCAAGUCCAAUAUUUUUAACAUGCUCAUACACCACUAGAGUUUCGAGCAUGUCUGUGACUAUAUCUGUGACUAUAACACAUUUUUAUAAUAUUAGGGACUGCUGUUUAGAAAUGUAUUAGUUUUAGAGAAAAAUUAUGCAGAGUGAAAUAAUACAUGGACACUUAUUGUUAUUUUCAUGAAAUGUGUUAAUGAAUGGAAUUGGUCAACAGGUUGUUAGCCUAUAUUAAAAUUAAGACCUUUUGCUAGUGAUGUUAUAAUGAUCGAUUAUCAUCGAAAAUUUAUCGGUUUGGCUCUACGAUGUGAUGAUCAGUGAUCUAAAUCCCUAAUCGAUUGUGUAGGAAGUGUUAACUGUCAUGGUACUUCCAGUUUUUUAAGGAUAGAAUUAAUGGAAAUAUGCUGGGUUUGGAUUUGUUUUCAUGUGUACCUAAAGAAAACAGAUAUUAAAAUGGUUAUUAAAGGUAAAAUUAGCCAUUUGUAGAGUGAACACGACAACAGGUGCAUGGUCCUUGUAAUUCAAAUCCUUCUUAUGUCCGGGGCGGGACAUAGCCCAGUGGUAAAGCACUCACUUGAUGCGUGGUCAGUUUAGGAUCGAUCCCCGUCGGUGGCCCCAUUACGCUAUUUCUCAUUCCAGCCAGU